AUGGCCUUUAAAAAGUAUGGGAUUUCGCCAAAAUACUUGCCCGUUCCGCCUAAAGAUAAGCUUAAUGGUGGUUUUGUGACAGCAUCUGUAGAGUUGGGAAAUUACAUUGACCCAAUUAGAACUAUUGACCCAGAUAAUGUUAGUUAUCCAAAAGGAAAGAAUUAUUUCGACAGACAUCAGGGGCCUGCACCGAACGUCCACCUCAUCGCUAUUUAUGUGAAUGUACCAAAUAGCAAGAAUUUAAUGGUUGGUGGUGAGGAAGCUGUGCCUUUCAUCUCACCCGUCCCAAACUUAGGAACCGGUAUUCACAGAAUCUCAGGCAUCUUGUAUGAGCAGAACGACCACAUAGACCCUGACCAAAUUGAAUUUUUAAAAAACAGAAAGACCUACAACCUGAAACCUGAGCCUGUGGCGGGGACUUUCUACACCACUGAACUCAAAAGAUGCGGAAAUUUUAAACACUAA